CUCUAAUCACUAAUCAAACACAAAGAGAGAAACUGAGAAAGCAUUUCAAAAAAGCCCCACCAUGUCCCUUGACUCCCAAGACUCUACUUCUCCUUCCUUCAACAGGGACUGGUUCUUCCCUUCACCUUCCUUCAUCCACCAAUCACCUCCUAAACCUCCUAAACCCCACCGCAGAUUCUCCACUGCUUCCAAACAUUCUCCAGGUUCCAACAUCUCCAAUCCUCCCUCGUUUCGUUCAUCACCCUCUCUCUCUCCCACCACCACUUCUAAAUAUGGAAGACUUCGCCGGCGCGUGGAGUUACCUCGACCACCUGAUAAAUAUUCAAUACAACACCAAAAUGACUCCGUUUUGGACCGCAAACCUGUUGUUUCCAGUGAGAAGAAGCAGUCUACUGUGAAGGUUUCUUCUGGAUCAUUGGGCCAUCGGGUCAGAGUCCGAUGGAAUUUGGCCAUUACAGUAGCUAUUGUGAUUACAGCUUUGACUUCAUUAGUGCACAAGAAUUUUACUUUACAUAACCAAGUAAUUGUUUUGCAGGAUCAAAUACUGAAACUAAAUGUUAGAUUACGAGCGUGUAAUUUGUUAUCCAAUGUAGAUACUUUUGAUUCAGUUAUGCAGGAGCUUGAUGAUAUUGGUUAUGGUAGUGAUAACGGGUUAAAGAAUUUGGCUUUGAUUGUUUCAGUUACGCUAUUGUCUAUUCCGGUUCUUGCUUUCAAGUACAUUGAUUUUGUAUCGAAAUCCAGAUCAUCGGAUAGUGUUUCGGAAGAGGCGUUGUUGAAUAAGCAGCUUGCAUAUCGGGUGGAUAUUUUUUUAUCAGUUCAUCCAUAUGCCAAGCCUUUGGCGUUGUUGGUUGCGACAUUGCUGGUUAUUUGCCUUGGUGGAUUGGCGUUGUUUGGUGUGACAGAUGAUAAUUUAGCGGAUUGUCUUUGGUUGUCUUGGACGUUUGUAGCGGAUUCAGGCAAUCAUGCUAAUACCGAGGGGAUUGGUCCAAGGCUUGUUUCUGUUUCUAUUAGCUUUGGUGGGAUGCUUAUUUUUGCUAUGAUGCUUGGACUUGUGUCUGAUGCUAUUUCUGAGAAGUUUGAUUCAUUAAGGAAAGGAAGAAGCGAAGUGGUUGAGCAAAACCAUACUCUAAUUCUUGGCUGGAGCGAUAAACUAGGAUCACUGCUGAAUCAACUUGGAAUAGCCAAUGAGAGUUUGGGUGGAGGAAUUGUAGUAGUGAUGGCUGAACGAGACAAAGAAGAGAUGGAAAUGGAUAUUGCUAAAAUGGAGUUCGACUUCAAAGGAACAUCUGUCAUAUGCAGAAGUGGGAGCCCCCUAAUUCUGGCUGACCUAAAAAAGGUAUCUGUCUCCAAGGCCCGUGCAAUAGUUGUCCUUGCUGAAGAUGGAAAUGCUGACCAGAGUGAUGCUCGCGCAUUGAGAACCGUCUUAAGUCUUACAGGAGUGAAAGAAGGUCUAAAAGGGCACAUUGUGGUGGAGCUAAGUGAUCUUGACAAUGAGGUUCUUGUGAAACUUGUUGGUGGAGAUCUUGUCAAAACUGUUGUAGCUCAUGAUGUUAUUGGCCGCUUGAUGAUUCAAUGUGCUCGGCAGCCAGGACUUGCACAGAUAUGGGAAGACAUACUUGGGUUUGAAAAUUGUGAGUUUUACAUCAAAAGAUGGCCGCAGUUGCACGGCAUGCAAUUCGAGGACAUACUAAUCAGUUUUCCCGACGCUAUACCUUGUGGGAUCAAGGUUGCUUCUUGUGAUGGUAAAAUUAUCUUAAAUCCUGAAGACUCGUAUGUUCUUCAAGAAGAUGAUGAAAUCCUUGUCAUUGCGGAAGAUGAUGAUAGCUAUGCUCCAGCAGCAUUACCUACGGUCAAAGAGGCAUCAUUCAUGCACAUUGCCCGACCUGCAAGAAUGCCACAGAAGAUUCUACUUUGUGGAUGGAGGAGGGACAUUGAUGAUAUGAUUGUGGUAAGCUCUUUUGUGAAGCCCCUAAUCUUUCUUUUCUUCGCCUGGAUGCUGCAGGUAUGGAGAGGAAGUCUACCCAAAGACUUUAUUGGUCCAAAGUCUGCAGAAAAGAUAUUAUUCUGUGGUUGGAGACGUGACAUGGAAGAUAUGAUUAUGGUGUUGGAUGCAUUUCUAGCACCAGGUUCAGAGCUCUGGAUGUUCAAUGAUGUUCCCGAAAAUGAGAGGGAAAAGAAGCUCAUUGAUGGUGGUCUAGACUUAAGUAGAUUGGAAAAUAUACAACUUGUCAAUCGAGAGGGAAAUGCGGUCAUAAGACGUCAUUUAGAAAGCCUUCCUUUGCAAUCUUUUGAUUCAAUUUUAAUUUUGGCUGAUGAGUCAGUGGAAGAUUCAGCCAUUCAAGCCGACUCCCGAUCUCUUGCCACAUUAUUAUUGAUUCGUGAUAUUCAGUCAAAGCGUCUCCCAAUGGUAAACCAGGUUCGCAGAGGAACCUUCUCUCAAGGUUCGUGGAUUGGGGAGAUGCAGCAGGCUUCAGAUAAAUCUGUAAUAAUAAGUGAAAUUCUGGACCCAAGAACUAAAAAUUUAUUAUCCAUGUCGAAGAUCAGUGAUUAUGUUUUAUCAAAUGAACUUGUCAGCAUGGCAUUGGCCAUGGUUGCAGAAGAUCAACAAAUAAAUGAUGUAUUAGAAGAGCUCUUUGCAGAUGAGGGAAAUGAGCUACAAAUAAGGCAAGCAGAUCUUUACCUCAGUGAAGGCGAGGAAUUGAGUUUCUAUGAAGUACUAUUACGAGCACGACAGAGAAGAGAGAUAGUCAUUGGUUACCGUGCAGCUAAUGCUGAAAAGGCUGUUAUCAAUCCGCCUGCCAAAAGUGAGAGACGUAGGUGGUCACUGAAAGAUGUCUUCGUGGUAAUUGCAGAGAAGGAAUGAGGAUGAGGUUCUUCUUCAUCCCCUGAACAUGAUAUUCUUUGAAAAAAUUUCGAUGGACACCGAAGAAAACAACAAUAGGAAGUGUUCAUUAGUUUCUGCCAGUCUGAAAAAAGAAAGAAGGAAAUGCUACAGAUGUACAGUCACAUCUAGUAUACUUCUUGUAAAAAAACUCAACCUCAAAGUUAUGGAUUUUUCUCGCUACCUAAAUAUGAAAGAGUUGUAACGUUUCCCAGGACAUGUGUUUGGAGCACUAAAUUGAUAUGAAGGCUCUACUUGGCGUGAAA